AUGUUGUACCACAUAAACAAGAAUGGUCAAAAUUAUUUGGACAACUUGGUUAUUAUAUACAAUUUCCAAUAUUUGCAUUUGAAUCUUCACAAAUUUAUUAAUUAAAGCAUCCUUAUUUAGUAACAGUACCACAAAUACAAGAAGAUCUCGAAGUUGCUGUACAAUUUUAAAAGCAUUAUCCAGAAGUAGAUGAUGAAUUCAAACAAUAUUUUUAACUAUUGCAAUUAUUAAAUUGAUUUUAUCCACAAGAACAAUUAUUUUAAAAAUUUUAAGUGCAAAUAUCUAAACAAUUUCCAGAUGCAUUGUUGUAUUCACAUCUUUAAUUUUAAUUACAAUAGGUUUAGUUUAUUGAUCCACACAUGCAAUCAGAGAAAGUAGAAUUAGAACAAUUAUUAAUACAAACACCAUUUGACGAAUUAGGGUCUUUACAAUAAUUAUUUAAACUACAUUAUGAUUUUGUUGAAGUACCACAGAAACAAUUAUUUUAAUAUAUUGUAACACAAUUUGAAAUUAAUAAGCAUUAGUUAUUUUAACAUUAUUGAGUUGAAUCACAAUAAGAUUUACUAGAAGAUCCACAAAUACAAUCAGAUAUUACUCCACCUGAACAUGCUUAUUUACAAGUUCCUGAUAAAGCAUUGAUAUCGCCGCAAAAAGUAGUUGAAGUACAACUUUAUUUUGUUGUAGUUCCACAUAAACAAUUUGCUUAAAAUGCUGAACUACAAUCACUAAUACAAGUCUCACUUUAACAUUAUUAAGUUGAAUCACAAUAAGAUUUACUAGAAGAUCCACAAAUACAAUCUGAUAUAAUUCCACCAGUACAUGCUUAUUUACAAAUUCCUGAUAAAGCAUUAAUAUCAACACAAAAAGUGGUUGAAGUACAACUUUAUUUUGUUGUAGCUCCACAUGAACAACUUGCUUAAAAUGCUGAACUACAAUCACUAAUACAAGCAUCACUUUAACAUUAUUAAGUCGAAUCACAAUAAGAUUUACUAGAAGAUCCACAAAUACAAUCAGAUAUUACUCCACCUGAACAUGCUUAUUUACAAGUUCCUGAAGAUGCUGUAAUAUCAACACAAAAAGUUGUAUUUUAGCACUCUAAAUUAUCAUUUCCACAUCCACAACUUUUUGAAUUUAAAUUGGAGCUGCAUUUUGCUUUGCAUGUUCCAGUUCCUGCAUUGACAUCAAAACAAUAUUGGGUA